GUUAAGUUCGAAGAUAAAAUAAUAGCAAGAAGAAUUCAUUACCAGUUUGUUUAUUAUAACCUACAAACCUCAAACAUGUCUGAAGAAACAGUUUCUAACAAAACAAUUAAAACCGAACCGUUCGAUGAUUAUCCUCAAGCGAAACAGGAAUUUGAUGAAUACGACAAUACGCCAGAUUUGUGUAUGUAUAAUGAUGAUAUAUGUCUGCAGCAAUUUCUUAAAUCUGAGGUUACAAUUGACGAGGGAAUAAAACAAGAGACGAUUGAUGACCAAGAUUAUUUGACUAAUACAAACAAAACUGUAUUAGAUGAAAAUUCUUAUAUAUGUGAUGAAGAGAUCAGUAAUUCAAGUAAUUUAGUGGAUAGUACGAACAAAUUUGAAGAAGUUUCAGGAAAAAGUGAAACAACUAAUAAAUUGAAACCGUUUGCAACAAAACAUAACUUAAACCGACAUGAAAUUAUACACUCUGGGGAACGCCCUCAUGAGUGCAAAAUAUGCAAUAAAAGAUUUUCACGGUCAAGCAGUUUAAGACAGCAUUCAUUGAUUCAUACUGGUGAACGUCCUCAUAUUUGUGAAUUAUGCAAUAAAAAAUUCAAUAAAAAGUCAAACUUAAAUCAGCAUAAAUUGGUCCACACUGGAGAACAGCCUUAUGAGUGCAAAAUAUGCUAUAGAAGAUUUUCACAGUCACAUAGUUUAAAGCAGCAUUCAUUGAUCCAUACUGGUGAACGUCCUCAUGAGUGCAAAAUAUGCAAAAAAACAUUUUUACAGUAUGGUAGUUUAAAAUAUCAUUUAUCAGUUCAUACUGAAGAACGACCUCAUGAGUGCAAAAUAUGCAAUAAAAGAUUUACACAGAUAAAUAGUUUAAAAUUGCAUUCAUCAGUGCAUAGUGAAGAACGACCUUAUGAAUGUGAGACAUGCAAUAAAACAUUCAAAACAAAACCUGUAUUAAUACAACAUGAAAAAAGAAUACAUACUAGAGAACCAACUGUAAUUAAAAAGUCAACAAAACUGUUGAAUCAGUCUAAAAACUGCCCAACCUAA